UCAGUCUGUGUAAGAGACAGGGAAAGAGGCUGCUGGAGAGACAGCCAGGAAUACAGGGAGACUGCAUGAGACACAAAGAGCUGGAAGCUCCUUGUCAUCAUAUAAAGAGACAGUCUGGAGGAUCUAGAGACGUCCAAGGGUAUUAAGGCGGACAGGAAUACCGAGGAGGUGUCUGUAAGGAAGCCAGGAAUGUUGUAUUAGAAGCUCUGGAUACAAGGAGACCAGCAGCCAGGACUGCAGAGCCCACUGGGUGUCUGAGAGUAGCACCAAGGUCCUGGGAUUCUAGCCACUGACCAGACAACCAGGGUGAAGAUGACUGUUAACAGUGACCGAAUUCACUGACCGAUUGCCAUAGCCAACGAGACAGCAGCAGAAGAGAAAUAGAGAGACAUACUGUCACAUCACUGCAACCACCAUUCAUAAAGAAGAUUGGUGACAGUCACUCUGUUGGGAGAUGCUUGGUAUAAAGUAGGAAGGAGCUGGAAAAAGUCUGUGGGAUCCAGAUCAGGUAUCGAUAACCACCCUGGGACAGGAUUAUAGCAGAUCGGUACUAAACAGCUGGAUUACAAGUGGAUCCCUCUACAACAGAAACAAUGAACUAUUUGAAUGUAUUGGCCAAAGCUCUGUAUGACAAUGUUGCGGAGUCACCAGACGAGUUGUCCUUUAGGAAGGGGGAUAUCAUGACGGUGCUAGAACGUAACACCCAAGGUCUAGAAGGCUGGUGGCUUUGUUCUCUGCAUGGAAGACAAGGAAUUGUCCCUGGAAACAGGCUGAAAAUUUUGGUGGGAAUGUAUGACAAGAAACAAGGAAGUGACCAGAGCCAACAGAAACCUCAACCACAGGCCCAGCAGCAGCCACCUCAAACCCCUUUGCCUUAUAACAAUCAAAGUGUCUACAAUGUUCUUUCCACAAAUCAGUACACCCCAAUGCACUCAUCUUACCAGAGCCAGAGUGCAGAUAGUGUUUACUUGGUUCCAGCCCCACCCAAAGGACAGCAAACACAUUACCAGGCCCCUCAGGGGUCACAGCACCCUGGUCAAACAACUCCUUCUAAGCAGCCUACUUUGUAUCCGAACCAGCUACCCCAACAUCAGUUCACAAGUCAAGUUCAAGACAUAUAUCAGGUUCCUCCAUCCAUGAAUCCAUCACAGGAGCUCUACCAGGUGCCAGUAGGAUCCACCAGCCCACCUCAGUCUCAGGACAUUUAUCAAGUUCCACCUUCUGCAGGGACAGGACAAGAUAUUUACCAGGUGCCACCAUCAAUGGCCCCAUCUCAAGAAAUUUAUCAAGUGCCACCAUCCAUGGAUAUGCGAGGAGGAGGAGAACUCAGAAAGCCUCCAGGAAAGGUGGUUCUUCCGACCAGAAAAGGACAAGUCUAUGUAUAUGAGUCACCCAAGCCCGAACAACAGGACGAGUAUGACAUUCCUCGACAUCUCCUUCCUGCCGGACCACAGGAGAUCUACGAUGUCCCCACCAGGUGUCUAGUGAAUAACUACAGUCCAGAGGUGUACGACAUUCCUCCGAUGGCCGUAAAGGGUCCUGUCAGCAGAGAACAAACCCAAGAGAUUUAUGACAUCCCUCCCAGCGUGGAGAAAAACCUUCCGGACCACCUGCCGUCUCAUUUAAUGAUUUACAAUAUACCACCCUCGGUAAGCAAAGAUGUGCCAGAUGCUCCUCAAAGAGAAGAAACCUAUGAUUUCCCACCUGCUUUUUCAAAUCAGAAAAUGCAGAUUCCGCCUAAGGCUACCAUUCGCAUCCAUGAUCCAGAGCCAUACAUUCCUGAAGACAUCUAUGAUAUUCCUCCUGCUGCUGUUAAGGGCAGUGACUCUACUUUUGCCCAAGAGAUAUAUGAUGUUCCCCCCAGCUUAAGAAAGACUGCUGGACAGAAUUUCAAUGAUGUUUAUGAUGUUCCAAGAGAGUUCCACAGUGGAAAAUCAUCAUUGGAGACUGAGGCAGAUUACAUAUACGAUGUUCCUCCUCAGGUAGACAGGGAGGUCAAAGUAGUUGAUGAAUUGACAGGUAACUUCAAGAGGCUUUCUGCUUCGAGCACCGGUAGCACCAGAAGCAACAUUUCAACCUCUUCACUUGAUGUUAUCCCAGUAAAAGAAUCAUCAGUCAUGUCACCAAAGACACCAGGGAAGGAGCUAAAUCUUGAUUUAGAGGCGGCAAUGGAGCUUUUGGUAAAAUUGCAACAUGGUGUAAAUAGCGCAACCUCCUAUCUUAUGUCCUUCAUGAGCAGCACCUGGAGAUGUCAGGAACAGAUGGAAACCAAUGUGCAGAGCAUCCAGGCUGCAGUAGAAGGAGUGAAAAGCACAGUUAAGGAAUUGCUAGAAUUUGCCAGAGGAGCAGUAGUAAAUUCAGCACAAGCUUCAGACCGGACACUUCAUGCCAAGUUAAGCAAACAACUACAGAAAAUGGAAGACAUUUAUCAACAACUGCUUAAGCAUAGUCAGGCAUUGGACAGCUGUAACUGGUCCUUGAAUGUCCUAGUCACCAAUAAACAGGGAUCUUCUGAUGACCUUGACCGCUUUGUCAUGUAUUCAAGGGGAAUACCAGAUGACACCAAACAGUUGGCUUCAUUUCUACAUGGAAAUGCCUCUUUGCUCUUUAAAAGGAUCAAGCAUCAACAGUCAGUGGGAGAUCUUCAGUCUGGACAAGACAAUAGCAAUCACUUGGCCAAUAAUAACAAUAAUUUGUCUGCUGGCCAAAGUGGGCAUACAGAAAAAGCUAGUAUACAAUCAAGGCCCCUGCCUUCUCCACCUAAAUUUGUAGCAGAAGACUCUCCUGAUGGACAAUAUGAAACCAACGAGAGUGGUUGGAUGGAAGAUUAUGACUAUGUCCAUCUACAGGGUAAAGAAGAAUUUGAAAAAACACAAAAGGAACUGCUUGAAAAAGGAAACAUUAUACGACAAGGGAAGGGUCAUCUAGAGCAGCAGCAGCUGAAGCAGUUUGAACGUCUGGAAGAAGAGGUUGGACGGCCCAUUGAGAACGAUCUGUCGAACUGGACUCCACCUCAACACUACAGCCAAGUCCGUAGCACCCUGAGCAACUCAGACCGGCAGCUUCUUCUCUUCUACCAAGAACAGUGUGAGGCCAACGUCACUACUUUGACCAAUGCCAUUGAUGCCUUCUAUAGCUCCAUCAGUAGCAACCAACCUCCCAAAAUUUUUGUGGCCCAUAGCAAGUUUGUUAUCCUCAGUGCCCACAAGCUGGUAUUUAUUGGGGACACAUUGUCACGCCAAGCCAAAGCUCAGGACAUUCGAAACAAAGUCACCCACUACAGCAACCUUAUGUGUGACAAGCUCAAGGAGAUAGUUCUUUCCACCAAAACAGCAGCACUUCAAUACCCAUCUCCGUCAGCGGCCAAGGAUAUGGUGGAUAGAGUCAAAGACCUCAGCAACAGCACUCAGCAGUUCAGAAUGGUCCUCGGGCAGCUAGCCGCCAUCUGAAGGCACAGAGACCUAGUCCAGGUGUGACCAAGAGACACCAUGAGGAGCAACUGACUCAGUGAGAUAGUUAUGACUCCUCUAUAGAGACUUUAAUAGACUUUGUUGCCACCUCAUAUAAGGACAAUUACGGUAAUUUUAAGUGACCUGUGAUUCAGUUUUAUUCAUAAAACUACACUACAGCCUAUGCUUCAUUUCCAGAGGAAUGUCAAACCACAAUUAGCUCCUAGAUAAACCUGUAAAUAUUCAGACCCAUUCUUGGACUUCAGAUAGAACAACCUGUCCAUUCCAUGUUCCUAAUGGUCACAAAUAAGAACAGUUUUGGGAUAAUGCAUUUUUUUUAUCAAUUGUGUUUUACGCUGUAAAGGCUUACCCAUUGGGAGAGCUCCACUGCUUCGGGAAGCAUGUGUAUUACAAAGCCAGAGCCACUCAUUGGUUCUUCAUGAUUAAAGGGCCAUUCAUUCUUCAACACACGACACUGAAAUAUUAUAGCAGUUACCAUUUUAUAUUUGAGAUUGUAUGCUAAAUUAUAAUAAUGUGGAAACAGAAGAUCCAUAAUCGGUUUUAAAGAGGUUUUCCACCCAAAGACCGUACAAGAGAGGAGGCUAUGGGGCUCCAGGAGCCAGGGAAUAGAGCCCCAUUUUAUUUUUUGCUAUAGCCCCCUUUCAUCUGUAUAUGUAUGCUCUGUCUCUGUCUACAUUUAUUUGCACAUAUAUCUGGUUAUUAUGGCAAUGAGUAUGGUUUUAGCACUGACAAGCCACUUUGGCCAGUCUCCAACAAGCAAAUUGACUGUGGGAAACACGCUUUGUGUGGGAGCCUGAUUUUCCGGCCUGAACGCCCAGCAUCGUUAUGAUUUAUAAUGAGGUGUGUCCCUGCCUGACCUCCGCUGUCAUGAUUUGUACUGGUGGCAUUAUGUCAGUACAGUUCAUUACAGCUGAUGUCGGUCAGAAACACACAGCAUUAUUGUUAGAAGAAAGAUGUCCAGCACAGAAGAUAAAAUAUUGAUUCUUUAUUGUAAAAAUUAUAAAAAUUUCAUCUCCACAGUUCCAGGGUAAAUUACAUCCAACAUGUUUCGAUUACAACAAUCUUAGUCAUGGCACACACAGCAUUAUAAAUGUAUAUAAUGCUGCAAGUGCAGAGCUCCUACACGGAGUGUAUUUCCCCGCAGUCAACUCGCUCGUUUCAUACCGACCUUAGUGCAUACUCUGCCCUCACCUUAGUGCCAGUGUGUCUUUGGGAUGAAGACCAGAAUAAUCUGAGACAAACUGGUUGCUAGGGAUAGGCUACCUGGCAACCUCACUUAACAGAUUGCAGCUAUUAGGAAGAGUUUCCUAGCAACCAGUCUGUCUUAUUUGUCUCAGCUCAAAACAAGUCAAGCUAUGUCAUUGUUCUCUCAGCCUGUGUUAGUAAUCAGAUUUAAAAAAACAAAAAAAACGUGCAAAUUAUAAAUUAAUUUAACACAGUCUUAACUUAUCUUCUAUUAUUUUUCCAUCCAGUCCUAGUUUUCUAAAAAUGUGGGAAGCCUACGCCCUACUAUAAAGACAGAGGUCAGAGGCAAUAUGUGUUGGUAUUUAGCCAAAUGUAAGCACAUGACUUCUCAUAUAGGUGUGGCAGAACUGAGCUGGUCAUGAUUUAUAGUGUUAUCUAUUGUUUUACAUAGGACUGCAAGUAUUCAUACUGUACUGCAAUAUUUGAGCUCAAAGGGGCAGAUUUAUUAUGGCUGUUUUCUGGAGUCCAAAAGUCAAAAAUUUUUCUUACAAGUGAUGCUUUGCAAAUAUAUUUGUGACUUUUUAGCCUUUUCUGAUGCCCUCGCCGCUUUAGCGAAAAGUGGGUGGUAUUGGGCGGUAGGAGGCGGACUUCAGACUGAGCUCUGGGCAUAAAUAAUUCAACAACACGUGAGCCACAAAAAUGAGGGCAUGUUACUGAAAUUUAGAUGCAGAUUUCAGUCUGGCGCAUGGAGACGUGACAAAGAUCCCAGUCUUAAUAGAUUUGGCGGCAUCCCGCUCCACGCAAUGCCAGUCGUAAUAAAUCUCCCCCAGAGUUAUCACAGCAUAUGAAGAAUGCAGCAUCCAAGAGGUAAAAGUCACAUUCAGCUCUACUAUAU